AUGGACCAAACGGAACGCAAGGUCUGUUUUGUUGCAUAUACAGGUACAGGGCCCGAAAAUUUUAGUGGCGGGAACUUCCUUUCCCCGACUUCCAAUUCAGAGGAGCUCCCAAGUCUGUCCCGCCAGAGCUCCGCUUUACCUCCCCAGUCUCUCAACACCAACCGCGCAAGGGACUCCAUCGACACCCGUCUCGAUCAAUUGAACCGGCAGAUGCCGUUCUGA